AUGGCGUUCGCUUCGGCCGGCCUGCCGCCGCCGGCGCUCAACGCUGCCGCUGCCGAGGGCGCGGCGCGCGGCCGCGACGGCGCGCAACCGACCAACGAUGCGAGCUCGAGAGCGCGCGCAUGGACGUCGACGACGCCAAACAGCGUGCCCGUCAUCGGCACGUCGCGCGCCAUCUGCGUCGCCUUCAACGGCGAGAGCGAGGCACGCGCCUUCCUCGAGCAGUACGCCGGCGGUGGCGUCCUACAGCUCCCAGCUCCGGACAACAUCACCAUCACCUUCGCCGCUCUCGACGCCACCGUGUGGGGCAAGCAGGCGGAGGCGCGCGAGACCCAGGCGACCACGGACACCGACGGCCUCCUCGCCAUACGCACGCGCGGCGCCAUCAACACCGCGGCCCAGAUCGAGCACUUCGCCCCCCUCUUUGAGAAGCACUUUGGCAACGUGGUCUCCAUCCAGGAGGGAUAUCACUCCUUCCUCGGCACGAAGUCGGACGAGAAGGACGGCUCGAUCCUCUUCAAGGUCAAGAACGAGAACCUCGUCUGCAACCUCCCUGUCCUGCCCAACGUCUACGCGAGCGGCGAUGUCGGCGGACCCCUCCGCCUCGACGUCGGGUGUGUCAAGGUGCUCGGGAACAAGCUUUGCCCAUCGUGCCGCGCCUUUGCGACGACCAGCGGCGAGAUCAUCCACGACGCGCAGUGCGGCGCGCAGGCACUCAAGGAGCGGCGCGCCGCAGCGGCGAACGUCGCCAAGAAGAAGACCUUCGAGAGCCUCAUCGUCGACAACAAGGUCGAGGUCGCGCGCGCGGCUGGCAAGGCCAAGGCGAUGGCGGCGCGCGACGGGAUCGGCUUCUGCCCGGCCUACAACCAGACCGCCCUCCCGUGCAAGACCGCCACUCGCUGCCGCUACGCGCCGUGCGUCAACUUCGAGGCGCUCCUCCACUCCGCCUUCAAGGACACCAUCUACGAGCGCAUGCCGAGCGCGGUCAGGCUGGGCACAAGCCGCGGGCGGCGCGGGCGAGGCGGCCGCGGCCGCGGCGGCGGCGGCGGCGAGGUCAAGAGCAACAAGAAGGACUGGGCGAGCGUCGCCCGCGGAGCCGCACGCUCCCCCUAG